GAAGGGGUAGUUGGGGAGCAGUAGAUGGCGUUCAUUAGAGGAAGACAAUUAAUGGAUGGAGUCGUGAUGGCGAAUGAGGUGAUAGAUGAAGCUAAAAAAAAGAAGAAAAAGUCAUUCAUGCUCAAGAUUGAUUUCGAGAAAGCUUAUGACAAGGGAGAUCCAUUGUCCCCAUUUCUAUUCACAAUAAUAGCAGAAGGAUUAAAUGGGUUGAUUUCAAUGGCAAUUCAAAAAGUACAAGACAAAGACUAUAGGAAGGUAUUUGAACAGCACCCGAAUGCAGCUAAAAUGACUACAAAAAAGGUUGGAUGGGAGUGCAUCUGGUUCACGGUGAUAUGGACAAUUUGGCUUGCCAGGAACGAGAAGAUUUUUAAACAGAAAGAGGUUGAUAGGAGAAAGCUACUAGAGAUGGUACAGCUAAGGGCAUUCAACUGGAUCAAAGGUAUAGGGGUGCCGUUGUCAGUGAGCGUAGAACAAUGUUCAUUAGAAGAAGCCUCCAUUGAAUUCGGCAACAGUUUUGGAAGACAAGGUAAGUUAGCUCCUGAUUCUCAGCUUUCUCACAUCUCUGGAGCAGCACUGCAAAUGCAACGAGAACUACAGUGGUUUAAGGAGGUGGAAAGCAUUGUUCCACCGUAUUUUAAAGAAUGCAAAAAUGACUUCAGGAGAACUCCUGGUGAAGUGUUCUCUGAGGAACACAAGGAUUUGCAAAGAAGAGCAGAGGAUUGGAUGAAACAGACAGCAAGCUCUUAUACGGUUGUAGGCGCCCUUAUCAUUACCGUGAUGUUUGCUGCAGCUUUUACCAUUCCUGGUGUAAUGAUGGUAGCCUUCUCAGCCGCUGUUGUUAUUAUGCUUCAAGGUCAAACUGUGGAUAAUCAUUGCCAUGGUUAUGCUAGCUAGCAUUCCAGUUAUCUUCUUUCCAUUUCUACAAUCUUCGCUUCUUGUUGAGAUUUUUAAUUCAACUUAUUGAUGGAAAGUGUUCGAAGAGAAAAGAUGUUGACAACCUUUGGUCACAUAAGUUGAACUGAGAAUUUUGCUUAUAAGUGUUGCAAGCUCAUGUUUAUUCGAGUUCGUGUACCACAUUGUUCAUUGUAUCUCCUAAUUCAUAGAAUGUAUGUGGACUCACUAAGUGGGUUCAUUAAGUACAAUGUAUGAGGAAACUAGUUCAACUAUAAAUAAAUCGUCUUGCGUUUG